CUGUAGACUCUGGCUACAGCUACGGUCCAUCUCAUUUUGUAAAGGGUCCCUUUAAAUGCCUACUUCCUGGAAUUUACUUUGCUUUCGCUUUUCAUUCUGAAAGAAACUGAUUAUUCACUUCUUGCAAAGAGUAUGUAGAUAGAUAGUUUGGCACAUAAAGGUCAUUUGACAGUAAGAAAUGGCUGCGCCUCAAGUUCCAGAUUCCGAUCUGUUGAAAAUUGCGGAGGGUUUAGCUCGGUCCCUAAGCGAAGCACUCAGCAGUGGUGAUAUAGAAACUUCCUCGAAAAACGCGGCGUUACUGGCGGAGUUAAGUCUGCCGGUAUCCGUCAGGAUCCGCGGUGAAGCGUACUCCGACAACCAGAUACGGCUAAAGGUUGGAAUUGAAGACGCCAUUCAAGAAUUAACUGCUCCCAUAACAUUGACAGUGACAGCAGAUAUGACCAUCUCAGAACUGAAAGAAAAGGUGAACAAGGACUUUGGAUUCCAUCCAAGCCUGCAGGCCUGGGUAAUUGGCAAGCGGCUUGCCCAUGACGAUGAGUCGCUUUACAGCCAUGGGGUGCGGAAGGAUGGAGACCAAGCGUACUUAUACCUCAGAUCAGCUAAGAAGGCAAAUCUGAGCCGUGAGCAGCAGAAACAAUAUGAGGAAAUCCAGCGUCUAGAUGGCAUCAUUGAAAUCAUGGAAGCAGACUCACUUCAGCCCAGAGGUGCUGGAGGAACACUGGGUGUGCAGGAUGAAGCAAGGAAUCACCUACCAAAACUGCCCCCUAUUAUUAAACCUAAGCCUAAGCCUAAACCUCCUCCAAAGCCACAGGUGGGGUGGUCAUGUCCCACAUGCACGUUUCUGAACAAACCGACACGUCCUGGCUGUGAGAUGUGCGGGGAACCAACGCCUGCAGAUUAUAAAAUCCCCCAUGACUACCAGGCAGAUGUGGAGGAGGAGAACAGGCUGAAACAAGAGGAGAUUUCCUGUCUGCAAUACGAACAGGCACUGGAAGAUGAAAGGUUGAGAAAUUUCCAUAUUCUAAUAGAAACAGAGGAGCACAACCUGAUUCCUAACCAAGAAGAGGUGGAGUGCCCCAUAUGCUUUACAGUGGUAGCUCCAGGAGAUGGGGCCACACUUCGCGAGUGCCUUCACAACUUCUGCAAGGAUUGUUUGAAAGGAACAAUUACAAACCGCAUGGAUGCUGAAGUGUCCUGUCCAUACAGUAAUGAUGUCUAUGCAUGUGAAAGCAAGCUGCAGGACAGAGAAAUUCAAGCCCUUCUUUCUCCAGAAGAGUAUGCUAAGUUUCUGGAGCUAAGGCUUAGCAUUGCCGAGACUCGCAGCGAGAACAGCUACCACUGCAAGACCCCGGACUGCGCAGGCUGGUGCAUCUUCGAAGACGAGGUCAACGAGUUCGAGUGUCAGCUUUGUCAUGAGACCAACUGCCUGCUCUGCAAAGCCAUUCACAAAGACAUGAACUGCCAGCAAUACCAAGACGACCUGCGCAUCAGGGCUGAAAACGACGUUGCUGCCAGGCAAACCACUGAGAUGCUCAACACCAUGCUGCAAACUGGGGAGGCCAUGAAUUGCCCCAAGUGCAAGAUCAUCGUGCAGAAGAAGGAUGGAUGUGACUGGAUGUGCUGUGUCAUGUGCAAGACGGAGAUCUGUUGGGUGACCCGACAGGCGCGCUGGGGACCCAAUGGUCAUGGGGAUGCUUCUGGUGGAUGCAGAUGCAGAGUGAAUGGAGUACUCUGUCACCCUCAGUGCCAAAACUGCCACUGAGCUGAGGAGCCCUCUGUACCUAAUGGACUUGCAGGUCUCCCCAGGUCCACCUCUGUUCUUUACUCCUGGCUCAAGGCUAGUUAUCUUACCUGGUUAAUUAAAUUAUAUAUAUAUUCUUCAAAUUAAGUAGCUACAUUUUAAAAAUGAUUGCAACUUACUUUCCAAAAUGGCCUUUUUCCAGGGGCAAUUCUAAGAUUUGACGCUUGGGGUGGUUGGGGUGGCAGAUCAUGGGGGGGGGUUCCCAGUGCUAACAUUUGCCAAGCUGAAGUUGUACAAUAUGUGUACAAGAACAUGUGACAAAUUGCUAAAUGGAUUUAAAGCAGGGGUCUCCAACUCCGGUCCUGGAGAGCUACUAACCAGUAGGUUUUCUAUGCUACUUGGCUUCUGAUGAGCCACACCUGCUCCUGGUAUUUACCUGAGAACAGGUGUGGCUCAUCAGUAGCCGGGUAGGAUAGAAAACCUACUGGACGGUAGCUCUUCAGGACCGGAGUUGGAGACCCCUGAUUUAGAGAAAUAUUUUUUCAGUAGGACUGAGGCACAAGGCAGUUUGCAUGAAGGUCCCCUGCGUGAGGCUGAGAAUCAUCUCUGGCUGUCUCUGUGAUUCUUUCCUUCGGAAGUACGGACACUAAGCAGUACUGUAUACCUUUUAUAAGGGGCAUACAUUUUACUUGAGUGCAUCUCUUACUUUGAGUUUGUUUUCAUUUUGUUGAAAUUGUAAUUCUGAGGUUUACGAAGUUAAAAAUAAAGGACAUUUUUUUGUUUUGUCAACAUUAUACAUCCAUAACCACUUAUCUAGUUCAGGGGUACGGUGUGCCUGAUCAUGAUCAUUAGCUCAUGUCUAGAUUACAGUCUAAUAGGUUUGUCUCAAUCAUGUCAUCAUUAUGACAUCAUAAUCCCAUUCUGCUAUAACCUAAACCCAAAUCAUACAAAACAGCUUUGCAGUUAUAGGUUCCUAUAAAGUUAGUAUAUUGGUUUUCAUUACAGAUCUGAUUCAAAGUGACUACUGAUUGUUGUUUUUUGAUCCUUUUGAUCAAAUAUAAAGGAUUAAAAUGAAGUUUUAUAGUGGUACAGGUAUGGAUAUGACAAUCUCUUAACUGGAUUUUGUUGUAUAUAAAAUAUUAU